AUGGAUCAUAACAGUACAUCAGCCAUGGAGACCAAAACAAUUGUUUCUCGAUUCAUAAGAAAGCUCUACACAUGUCCAGAGUGCUCUGUUUAUUUUCAGCCUCCAAUACUGCAGUGUUGUUAUGGACAUCUUAUAUGUUCUAAGUGUCGAUCCAAGGAGACUUGUUGUCGAAGAUGUCGGGAACCUUUGGGCAAUAUUCGGAACUUGGCAAUGGAGGAAUAUGCAAGCGCCCAUAUGUUCCCAUGCAAAUAUUCACAACCUGGCUGUGCAGUAGCCCUUCUAUACACUGAGAGGAGGGAACAUGAAGAAGCGUGUGAAUUCCGGCCAUACCCCUGUCCGUUCCAGGGGCCCUUUUGCAAGUGGCAAGGUUGCAAUAAUAAGGUGAUACCUCACACUAUGAAGUCUCAUAAUUCAGUCGAAAUUCUUCAAGGAGAGUACGUCGUAUUCUCAGCAACACACAUCAAUCAGCCAGGAGCAGGGAACUGGGUCAAGAUGCAGACAUGCUUUGGCCACCAUUUCAGGUUGCUACUUCUGAACCGAGGGGAGUUGAAUGAACGUGAAAAGUUCCUUUUUACAGUACACCUGAUUGGAUCAAGGGAACAGGCUGGAAAAUUUGCAUAUACGCUACAAGUGAAAAAGCGAAGAGAACAUUUGACAUGGGAAGCAACACCAAAAUCCAUCCUUGAACCAUACUUCAAAAUAAUAAUGAAGCCUGACUGUCUCAGAUUUGACGCCUGCACCGCCAGACUUCUUGCACGUAAGGGCACCCUGAGAAUCCAUGUGUCAAUUCGUAUGGUCUGA